AUGAAGCUUGGCACCAAAUUGAAGAUUCCACUCCGCAAUGCUGAAAUGGUGCACGAUGGUGGUGAAGAUGGUGAUCCCCAAAUGGGUUGCUUCCCUAAGGGCAGUGGGGUUAAAAGGAAACGCUGCAUCAAAGUUAAACCCAAAGAUCAAAGGUUCAAAAUUGUGAAUUCAUGCAGUGGUUUCCUUUGCUUGUCUAAACCAACGCGGAAUAACCCUGUUGCUGUGUGCAAUCCAGUCACGGGUGAGUAUAUAAACCUUCCAGUGGCUAAUAGGGGUGAUGAGAAUAUGGAUGGAUUUGUUGAUUGUGGGUUUGGCUUCAGUCCAAGGACUAAUCAGUAUAAGGUGAGAAGAAUGUUUGAUCAAUGGACUCGUGAUCAUCGUUUUGCAAACCGGGAAGGAUAUUAUGGUAGAGGGGCUGAGAUACACACACUUGGCACAGAAUCAUGGAGGAGCAUUGACAAUACACCCCAGUCAAGGUAUAAGCUAGCCUUUCCCACCUAUCUUGAUGGAGGUCUUCAUUGGUUGUGUCUUGACAAGGGUUGUUGUCUUUACAGCAGUGGUUCUGAAGUUAUAGUUACUUUUGACCUAGACAGUGAGAGGUUCCAAUCAGUUCUUCAGCUGCCUCAUGAAUAUCAUUCCGAGGGUAGCUCGGAUAAGGGGACACGUAAAGUGUCAAUGGGAGUAUUAGGAGGCUGCCUAUGCAUAUGUGAUGCCUCUGGUUAUAGUCCUAUUGACAUAUGGGUGAUGAAGAAAUAUGGUGUUCAAGAAUCAUGGACAAAUUUGUUUUCUAUUGAUACCAUAUGUGAUGAGAGGUGGCCUUAUGGUUUAUAUCAGCCAAUAAAUUUCAUAAAAAAUGGGACUGUUUUGAUAUUUCAUUAUUUCAAAAGUGCUCUGAUUCAUUAUGACGAUAGAAGACUAAGAUUCAGAUAUCUUAAGGUUCGUGGUGCUAAAUCAAGAUUUGAAGCAAUUGCUCAUAUUCCAAGCUUCCUCUCACUUAAGGAUGCUGUUGUGGGAGACAAAGCGGUUGUGAUGAAUGUCAAUACAAGGUAUGGUUAA